AUAACAAUCACUUCUUGCUACUCCAUCCGUUACACGUCGCGUGUGCUAUCGACAAUACGUGCAACCAAUAACUGACAAGGCCCGAGCGUAGAGUUCCAACUUUUGCCCGCUCACAUGCUGUCAACCACUAUCUCUUAACUCGUCAUGCCAGGUUAACCUCUACCCCAAACCCCCAGCAUGUCUUCCAAGUACAAACUAAAUGUUCGCGAUCCUCUUCACUUCCCCGGGUUCGAGGACCUGCCUUUCGAUAUAUACAGCCGUCGGUAUUUCGGUCUUACUCAAGAGGGUAAUGAUAUUGUUUAUUGCACCAAGGUGCAUUGGUGCUUCAUGGGGAAAUCAAGGAACAUCCUCCACCCCUUCCGUCCAGGAUUUGUCGUCACCGAUAGAUACGGAAAGGAAACAGACAUUUGGUUUUACUUUGAUAAACCCCAGGAGGAAUACCCGGUGUUAAAAAAGUUCAUGGUCGGACACACGGUGUUGGUUAUGUACGCUACGGGGCAUCGUUUUCGGGAUAAGAGUGUUGGGCUUCGUUUGGAGGAUGACAAACUCGAGUACAUCACGGUCCUACCUUGCUCGCUUCCCGGUAUCGUAAACUUCAACGACAAUCUCCGUAAAGACACUGCAGCAGAGGGAUGUCGAGUUUGUGGGAAAACGGAGCCAAAUGUUCCCAUUAAACGAUGCGGAAGGUGCGGAGUCAAAUACUGCAGUCAGACAUGCCAAGUGAUGAACUGGAACAUGAAGCAUAAGAAGGAAUGUCCAGUCUUCGCACAACUCCGCAAGUGGAAUGAGAUCAAAUGGCAGAAAUUCGACACCCACAGGAAGUUCGAGUAGGAGAAGACCAACCUUUUGGAGAUAUGCAGUCAUGACAUGUCGAAGUACAAAGAGUAUAAAAUUAAGCGAAAUAUGGGUAACACAUGCAGCACAAUCCAUAACCCAGACAC